GGUUGUACCAUAUAAUUUUUUGUAAGCUCCACCAAAUAUAGAACGUAGUCUCUUCUCAGUUUCUCUCGCAAGGGAAAUAGCGCUCCUCUACUUGGCUGCUAUCUUCUCCGUGCUGCGCAACCCCAGUAUUGCUCUUCUUCGCUUCUUCACUCAUCUCCUGGAGUUUCAUGUUUGGGACAGGCAAGGACAUUUACUUAAAUUUUGGAAGUAACUCUUUCUUCCACUGCCUCAAUCUAUGUUUGGGGGCCUUGUGAGCGCUAAUGCUAACAGUCCACAUCUAAGGAGAUCUGGAAGCCGAGUAGUUAUUUCUGACUUUGGUUCCAUUGAGUUGGGAAGUAGUGCUGAAGAUUUGCUGCAUGCAACUGAGGUGAAUGAAAUGAAGGGUGUUAGCACACCACUCACCAGCACAGCAAUAUUGCCAUCUCCCGUCUUGCUUUGGAGAUUCAAGGUACUUCUUUUUUUCCUGUGGAGUUUUGCUUGUUGUAAGAUUGGAUGGGAUUCAGUAAUGAGAAUGAGUGCAAACUUGAGGGAUUUAUUUUUAUAUGAGGCCUUUCUGUAUUACAAUCCUCUACUCCUUGUGACUAUGAUGGUUUGGUUUUGGGGCGUGAACUUGUGGGUUUUUAUGCAGUCAAGUGUCAACUAUGCUAAAAUUUUUGACCUCGACCAGAAUCAUCUCACUCACAGAGAAAUUUGGAGGUGUGCUACUUGGAUGACAAUAAUUGUCCCUACUAGCAUGACCGCCUAUUUAUAUCUUUAUUCGCAUGGAGAAGUCUCUUUAGCUGCCUCCCAACCAGUUCUCUUAUAUGCUGCUUUUGCAAUGGCACUGAUAUCUCCCUUUGAUAUUUUUUAUUUAUCAACUCGCUUCUUUUUCUUGAGGACCUCUUGGAGGAUAAUUUUCCCACUACAGGCGAUUACUUUUCCUGAUUUCUUUUUGGCUGAUAUAUUUACAUCCAUGUCAAAGGUCUUCUCAGAUUUAGAGCGCUCGGUUUGUCGAAUGGUUCAUCGCCAGGUAGCCACCAUUGCUUGGUUUGAAGCUGAUUCUGUUUGUGGGAGUCACGCUGUUGCAAUUCCUAUAGUUCUUGUUUUGCCAUAUUUUUUCCGACUCUUCCAAUGUCUUCGACAAUAUAAGGAUACUCUAGAGAAGAAUACCCUCCUCAAUGCAUUAAAGUAUUCAACUGCGGUACCCGUAAUAUUUCUAUCAGCCCUAAAGUAUCACGUCUCUCCCGAUAACUGGGUCAACUUCUAUCGGCCUUUGUGGCUUAUUUCCAGUGUUUUGAAUUCCCUUUACUCAUUCUAUUGGGAUCUGAACAGAGAUUGGGACCUAGGUUGCUUUACUCGAAUUUUCAAGUUCAACAAGCCUCACUUAUUAUCACACAUGUUAUAUGGACAGAAGUGGGUAUAUAUAUGGGUGAUAGGAAGCAACCUGAUACUGCGGUGCACGUGGACAUACAAGUUGUCUGCCCAUCUCCGCCACAAUUACUUAACUCUAUUCACAAUCACCGCCUUGGAGAUUUUCCGACGCUUCCAGUGGGCCUUCUUUCGUGUCGAAAACGAGUGGAAUAAGAUGACCAACAAAGCAAACAUUCAGCUCUCCAUCACUGAUAUGUCAAGCGAAGAAGAGAAAUUAUUGAACUCUAAUAAUCAUAAUGUAUAGGAGGGUCUGCCCAGAAUCUUCUUUAUACUGGAACAGAGCAGUUUUAGGUAACUCUAUUCUUUUUGUUCCUUUGCAUAAUAGAUUUUUUUUCCUUCUUUUAUUAGUUAAAUUUCAUUAGCAAUAGGAUACCAUAGAUGGUUAUGGUAUCUGGUAGAUAUAAUAGAUGUUGAACUAGUAUUAUUUUCUCUUCAAAGAAGCAGACACAAACCAUUCUAUGGAAACUUUUUGGUAGCUUCUACGGAGGAGUAUAUGUUUAUAUAUACAUUGGGAUUUGUGAAAAACAUUUUUGUUGUUCUAAAGAUGUUUUUUAU